UUAAAUGUGAUUUUUGACAGUUUGAUUAAUAAUAUAUACGUGUCAAUUUUGUUUUUUGUAAACUUAAACUUUUUUUUUUAAGAGCUGUGUUUAAUAUGUUGGGAAAGAACGCAAAACUAUUUUUUGCCGUGUCAGUGUGUAUCCUGAUUGCGGCUAUAGUACUAGCAUCAUGGGGUUUCCCGAAGAUCGUACAUAAACAAAUACAAAAGAACCUGCAGUUACAAAAUUCGUCAGCGAUGUUUGAAAAAUGGCGCGAGCUACCAGUACCCCUGACGUUUAAAAUUUAUGUCUUCAACGUGACCAAUGCUGACGACGUAACAGACGGCGCCAAGCCUAUAUUAAACGAAAUUGGUCCCUUUGUUUACAAAGAAUAUCGAGUUAAAAGGAUACUGGGUUACGGAGAUAACGACACGAUCAGAUAUAUGUUGCAGAAAACAUUUUAUUUCGAUCAAGAAGCGUCAGGUAGUCUAAGAGAAGACGAAGAAAUCACGGUCAUCAAUUAUUCCUAUAUGGCAGCUAUCUUGACAGUACUAGACAUAAUGCCGGCAGCUGUUACUCUCGUGAAUGGUGCUCUGACAUCUUUCUUUUCAAAUCUGACCGAUCCGUUCCUUAGAGUAAAAGCGAAGGAUUUAUUCUUUGAUGGAAUAUUUCUAAACUGUGUCGGUGAAAAUGCAGCUCUGAGUUUAGUAUGCGGCAAGAUAAGGCUAGAGAAACCAACUACGAUGAGACCAUCUGAAAACAAUGAUGGAUUUUACUUCUCUAUGUUUUCACAUCUCAACACAACGGAAUCUGGCCCGUACGAUAUGAAACGUGGAAUUGAAAAUAUACACGAACUAGGUAAUAUAGUCGCCUACAACAACAUGACCACUAUGAGCCAGUGGGGUGAUCCAUACUGCGGUCAACUCAAUGGAUCAGACAGUUCGAUAUUCCCACCGAUUGAAGGAAAUCCACCCAAACGAAUUUAUACAUAUGAACCCGAAAUUUGCAGAUCUCUUUACGCGAGUCUGGUUGACAAGCGAGAUAUUUUCAACAUAAGCGCUUAUUAUUAUGAAAUAGAUGAAAUGGUCCUAGCGUCUAAAAGUGCAAACCCGGGCAACAAAUGCUUCUGUAAAAAGGACUGGAGUAGCAGUCAUGAUGGGUGUCUUCUUAUGGGCGUAUUAAAUCUAAAUCCCUGUAAGAAUGUCCCAGCAAUUGUAUCCCUUCCACAUUUCUACCUAGCAUCAGAAGAAUUGCUCGAAUAUUUUGAUGGAGGGAUCAGUCCUGAUAAAGAAAAGCACAGAAGUUUUGCAUACCUUGACGCUACGACCGGUGUUGUCCUUAAAGGAACACAACGUCUCCAAUUCAACAUCGAAUUGCGAAACGUGAAUGCAAUUCCGCAAUUGGAAUACGUCAAGACUGGACUCUUUCCACUUCUCUGGAUAGAAGAGGGCGCAGAAAUCUCUGAAGAACUCCAACAAGAGCUUCACCAAUCACACAAAAUGCUAUCGUAUGUAGAGUCUCUACGCUGGGCCAUACUAGGCUUAGCCGUCAUUUUGUGUAUAGCAAGUGCUAUGUGCGUAUCCCGCGCCGGAGGGCUAAACCCCUGGCCGAGGAACCACAAUAGUGUUAGCUUUAUAUUAAGACCAGGAAACACCUUUGAUAUCAAUAAAAGUCGCUAAGGGA